AUGAAAACCUUCAACAAACUAUACCUAGAGACUCCUCCACACUUUCGCAUGACAUCAAUCGCUCUACUACGAACGAUUAUUCAUCCCGGCGACUUCAUGAUCAGCCUAGAUAUACAAGACGCGUACUUACACGUCCCUAUCCUGCCAGAGCACCGCCAUUUUCUUCGAUUUGAGUUCCUAGGCCAACACUACCAAUGGCGAGUGCUCCCAUUUGGAAUUUCUUCGGCCCCGUGGCUAUUUACUCGCUUCACAAAACCCAUCGUCAAGUUCCUACACACUCGAGGCAUCGUCUUCGAAACGUACAUCGACUUCUGCAUUCAAGCCAACAAGGAUUCGAACACUCUACUUCAUCACCUCAAUUUCUCUCAACGCCUACUUCAUCAACUAGGUUUGAUCAUCAGCCCCAAAAAGUCCGAAACUAUUCCAACACAACGUCUCCAGUUCAUCGGAGCCCUCUUCGACACAAGUCUGGGCAAGAUGUUUGUACCCCAAGAUCGUUGGGAGAAAAUCCAACGCCUCGUUCCACUGGCACUUAAACAGCCACUUUCCUUACGUCAAUGGCAACAACUUCUCGGUCUCCUAACAUCAGCACAAGCCCUCACCAAGAGAGGUCAACUUCACUUACGGCCAAUCCAGUGCUUCCUCAAACCCUUCCUUCAGGACGACGAUUGUCGGGUUCUAAUAUCUCUUCCAAACCAUCUACACCCACACCUCAAAUGGUGGUUAUCUCCGUCAAAUGUCUGCGAAGGAGUCUCCUUGCAACCAUUCAGCCCGACCCUCCACCUGUUCGUCGAUGGAUGGGGAGCUCAUUGCCAAGACCUACAAGUGGCAGGGCGGUGGUCAUUAGAAGAAAGCCAGCUUCACAUCAACAAUCUAGAAUUCAAAGCAGUGAUUCUGGCAGUGUCUCAUUGGUCAACACUCCUUUAG